GUCAUAAAAAAGCAAUGUUCGUGAUCUCUAAUAAAAAUAUCCAAAAUGAAUAUGCGAUGUAUAGAGGUAAUAUGAUGAAGAAUAAUAAUCGAAGAGAAGACAAAUUUGUGGAUAUUAGGUAUGUUAAAGGUAAAUUGAUAAAAGAUGAUAGUGAUGGUAAAAAUGUAGAAGAUGAUAUUGAGGCAAUAGAUCAUUGUGAUGAAGCAGAAGUUGACAAAAAUGAUAUUAUAGCUUUUUAA